CCGAGAUUCCACUCCACUACCAGUAGUGCCUGUGCCCAAAGUGCCUGUGAGUCCCGCUCAAUCGGCGGGGAAAGUGUGGUCGCAUGUACGUAUCUCCAGCUUCACGCUUGUUCGUGCAGCUGAACCGAUGAUCUCGUCCUCCUUCUCGCUGAACCCACGUCGGUGCCUGCAAGUGCCCAUCACCCUCUUGUCCCUUGUGUUCCCAACCCAACAGCGACCGCGACACUAGCGAGCCGGCUCCUGCGCAACAGCUUUGCGCCUCGCGAUCAAUGACGGAGAAAAACACUACGCAGCCGGGUUCGGCCCCAGACCAGUACGCCGGCAAUGGAACGGCGGAAAACACAGGCCCCAGCAAGACUUUGGAUGGCAACAAAGUCGGCAGGGUCGACUCAAACGCGAAAGAGAACGCGCAAAAGUCGCCUGCUUCAAAGACCGAAAGUACACCUGCGGGGACGCGCACCAGCCCGAAGAAACGGCGCAAGGUCAAUCAUGCAUGCGUCUACUGUCGGCGUUCGCAUAUGACUUGCGAUUCGGAGCGACCCUGCACUCGAUGUAUAAAGCGCAAUAUCGGACACCUGUGUCAUGACGAACCGAGAGAGCCGUCGAAACGAUCACGUAGUGAACACGAGCAGUCUGCCGCGGACGAGGAGGGCUCUUCAAACAACGAGUACUCGAAAGUCCACGCCAUGCCGCGGAAGGUCGAUAUUCAAGAUGCUGCAGGUCAGCAAAUCCUGGCAGACGGGUCCCUUGGCCUUACUCCAUCCUCUAUGAAUGCCGUGCAACCAGGGCCCAUGUCCUCUUCUACGAGCCAAAACAUGAGUGUCACGUCUCAGCAGCAACUUCUCGGAUACAAUGACUGGGUCGGCGGUCAAAAUCAGUUUCAAGACAUGCAUACAUUCCAUCCUUCUUAUAUGUUCAACGCGCCGGAGGUUACGAACGAAUACAAUCUUCUGGGAGACUUCCUCAGCAACAGUCUGUUGGACGAUGGCAGUAUUUUUCAGAACGAAGAUAUGCAGAGAAUGUAUUCGGACCCGACGUUGAUAAAUUCCAUGGCCGUACUCGGAGGCCCCAGUACAUCACUGCUCCAGCAAUCACAAACUCUACAACCACAGCAGAGUCAGCAAAAUCAAGGUGACACUGCUUCGGGCGCUACGAUUGGAAAUGAUAAAGCAAGGGAAACGUAUUAUAUGACGGCGGCAGACCCCGCUGGGUCAGAUCCACCGGAAGAGCGCAUGAACAAACUCCUUAAAGCGAAAUAUGACGCCGGUCUUCUGCGACCUUUCAACUACGUUAAGGGUUAUGCAAGGCUUAGCGCAUACAUGGAGAAGAAUCUACAAGUAUCGUCGCGACAAAAGAUCGCUCGACAACUGGACAAAUUCCGACCCAAGUUCCGAGACAGGAUGCAAAAGCUGACGGAUAUUGAACUCAUACUGGUGGAGAUGUGGUUUGAGCGAAGUUUGAUGGAGUAUGACCGUGUCUUUGCCAGUAUGGCGAUACCUGCUUGCUGCUGGAGGCGGACGGGUGAAAUUUUCCGCGGUAACAAAGAGAUGGCUGAAUUAAUCGGCGUUCCAAUCGAGCUUCUCAGAGACGGUAAGCUGGCUAUCCAUGAGAUUAUCGUGGAAGACCAGCUCGUGAGCUACUGGGAGAAAUUCGGUGCCAUCGCCUUCGAUAACACCCAGAAAGCAAUGCUCACGAGCUGUACCUUAAAGAACCCGAAUGCCACCUCGCCGACGGAAGGGAUACCGUGCUGCUUUUCAUUCACUAUCCGAAGAGAUAAUCAUAACAUUCCGUCUCUUAUUGUUGGAAAUUUCCUACCAACGCAACGGGAUACCAAAUAG